AUGAGAUGCAAGUCCCCUGAUCCAGAGCUGUCCAGUGCAUUUUUUUUUUUUUAUUAUAAACUGUGGCCUGAGAACAUAUUAACACACAUUACUUCUUUUUCUCCCUCAGAUAAACUGCUAGUUUUUACUGUAGCAACGAAAGAACCUGAUGGCUUUCACCGUUUCAUGCAAACUGCAAAGCACUUCAACUACACAGUAAAGGUACUUGGAAGAGGUGAAGAGUGGAAAGGUGGGGAGCUACCUAAUUCUAUUGGUGGAGGGCAGAAAGUUCGGUUACUGAAAGAAGGCAUAGAAAGCUAUGCUGAUCAAGAGGACUUGGUUGUAAUGUUUGUUGAAUGUUAUGACGUAAUUUUUGCGGGGAGCCCUGAAGAACUGCUAAAGAAAUUUCAGGAAACUAAUCAUAAAGUGGUGUUUGCAGCAGAUGGACUAAUUUGGCCAGAUAAAAGGCUGGCUGACAAGUAUCCUGUUGUACGGAGUGGAAAACGAUUCCUGAACUCAGGAGGAUUUAUUGGUUAUGCUCCAUACAUAAAUCGUAUCGUGCAGCAAUGGAAUCUGCAGGAUAAUGAUGAUGACCAGCUGUUUUACACUAAAAUCUAUGUUGACCCAUUGGCAAGGGAACGUUUUAACAUUACUUUGGACCACAAAUGUGCAAUUUUCCAGACCCUAAAUGGAGCUAUUGAUGAAGUACUUUUGAAAUUUGAAGAAGGAAAAGUAAGAGCAAGGAAUUCAGUGUACGACACAUUACCAAUCACUAUUCAUGGAAAUGGUCCAACUAAAAUUCACCUGAAUUAUUUGGGAAACUAUAUUCCUAAAGCUUGGACACGGGAAACUGGUUGCAGUAUUUGUGAUUUAGAUUUACUAGACCUCUCAACAGUAACG